GUGGCAUGUGGGAUCCUCCCAGACCACAGCUCGAACCCAUGUCCCCUGCAUUGACAGGCGGAUUCUUAACCAGUGCACCACCAGGGAAGUCCCUACCUUCAUUUAGAAUAGCAUGUAGCAUAUAUAUAUCUGAAACUAAUAUGAUAACGUCAGUUAUAUAUAUGACAAUUAAAUUGAAAUAGCAUAUGUAGGUAACAAUCCAAAUGUCCAUCAGCAGGAUUAUUAACCAUGGCCUGCACCACCAGUAAAGGCGUGAGGUAGGUUUUUAUGUAGUUCCCUAGAAAGAUUUUGAAAAGAGCCAGAGCAGCAAGGAGGCCGCAAAGCUCAGAGUGAGGAACGAGGCCAUUAAAUGUGCAUUUGUUGGGGCUUAGACGUGGUCUGGAGGGGCUUGUGCUUGACUUCAUACAGGGGCUGCCUCUCCGAGGUCAAAGGGGACUCCCAUUUUUUAUUUCCUUCCUGAACUGAGACUGCAGUACUUUUAUGUUUAACACCCCCUCCACCCACCCCAGUGCUCACGGAUCGCCUGAGCUGCACCUCCCGGAAAGCCUAGGAAAGGAGACCUGCUCUGUGCCUGGUCAGGGUUCUCACGUCCCGGCGCUAAUUUAAUAUAUCUCACUGGUGUUUCUUGAGAGGAACAUGGUGGACAGUCAUCCGCCAAUCAGUGGAUGGGUCACCAAAGUCCACGUUCAGCAACUUUUCUGUUCCUGAGGAGUGAAAGGUAGGAUUUAUGAUUGGGGUGAUGGUCGCCUGUCAUCCCCACUUGGGACAGCUGCUCGGCUCUGCGCUCGUGGUUUCAGUUGUGGGUGGCCUAUGUCAGCCUGCCGUGAGAGGCUUACGUCACCGGGCGGUGCAGUUAUCUCCUGAAUCAGGCUGAGGGACUUGCUGCAGAUGCAGGGGUGGUAGGGCGACAAGUCACCUCCAGGGCUGCAGGGUUGGGGGCCAGUCAGACUUGCCAUGGGACCUAGCAGAUGCGUCUGGGAAGGUGAGUCUGUAAUCUGGGCUUCUCAACCACUCAGGUCAGCGUGAACUUUGUGGGACAGAGAGGCUGGUGGCCUGCCAUCCCAGGCCCCAGGAAGAGCCUGGGGACCACACUUGGACGAGAAGGGCGGAGGGCGUUUGGGCGGCCACCCUCAUCUUACCGCCUUUGAUGUCCUGGCCUCGGGCAUCUCCCAGAGACAGCAGGAUUGCAGUGGUGAUCACAGGAUGCUGGGCUGCCAUUCCCAGGCCUGUAGGGGUCAUGGGUGCCUCUGGGCAGAAAGAAGGGCUCUGAGCUUGUCAGGCAGUUUGUAGGUCCUGACCUUUGUGGGGACAAGUGAGCGGGAGUUCUGGGGCCAGGUGGUCUCAGCCAUGACAACCACAAGUGGAGCUGAGGCCCAGUCCUGAGUUUGGUAAAGCCCCUUCUCUCCACGGCACCUUUGGGGGGCUUUAGGACAGAAGAGGAGCUGCGAGUCUGUGGACUCCCCUUGGAGCUGUGGACGAGGCAGUGGGUGAGGGUGGGAUUCUGGGAGGGUUACUCAGCUAAGCGAGGGAGGGGAGUAGAGUGUUCUGCUUGAAUAAUGUUUCAGAGCCCCCAGGGGACCUAAGGCGUUAACACUGUCUACCCCAGGCAAGGGCGGGCCUGUGGGGAGGUUCAGGAUGUGCUUCUUCAACAGUGAGGGGCUGGGUGCAGGGGAUGCAGCAUAAAUCAGACAGGUUCUUGCCCUGGAGGAGCCAGAUGCAGGGGCGAUGCCGGCUGAGCCUCGCUGCCAGGGCUGCAGGGGCAGCACGGGAAGAGCAGGGGCAUCGUUUCCCCCCAUUUAGCCCCAGGCCUGUGUCAGUGUCCUUCCAGCCCGUGCCCAUAGCCACUACCUGCCCUGUCCCCGCCCCUGUCCUAAGCAGGCUGGGCCUGGCUCAGGGGUGUCUGCUCUGGCUGGGGAGACAGCCAGGGGACUCGGGGGCUUCAUGAAGGCUCAUCACGCAGAAGGCAGCCGGGCAGAGGGGACAGUGAGGGCUCGUCCUGAGGGCCCUCAGGUCCUCUCUGUGCUCCUCCGACUUCCAUCUUUGGACCUCCUCCUCCCUCUGCUCUGGGCUCCGCCCUCUGUGCCCCUGUCCACCCGAGGCCGCCCCUGGCUCAAGCCUGGCCUUUCCACAUCUCCCGGACAUCCACCCCACUGAGGCGGGCGCCCGUCCAGCUCAGCUCUCUAGGAAGGCAGGUGGCAAGUGCGCCGUGGAGCCUCCUCCCUCUUCUGCCCUCUGCGCCUUCUCCGCGCUCUCCCCAGCUGGCCUUGACCUCUUCUGCUCCCUGCCCUUCCCCAGCAUGGUUGGCACCACCAUGGGAAGCAGAGUCCUCCAGCACUUCUGCCCCACAGCAUCAGGUCCGAGGGUGCUGGAGUCGCCCACCUGCGCACGUGGGGCCCAGAGCAGGAGCCGCCUGCUCCCAUUUCCAGCCUCAUUUCCUGGCUAGUCCCCGCCUCCCCCAGGUUCCAGCUGCUUCUGGGGAGCCAGGACCUGGAUUUCUUCCUCCUGCCCCAGCAGAGAGGACAGUGGUGGAUAAGCGGCAGCCUCCAUUUCACCCCCCUCUGUGUCUGCCAGCUUCUGGGGUGGGCAGGGAGAGUAACAGGGUACCCCUCGCUCCCCAUUAAAAAUACAGACUCUGUGAAAGGGGACAGAAAGUGGGUGCGGUAAUUGCCAUGAAGCCAGUCCGGAGGGCGUGCUGCGAUGCACCAGCCCCAUGACAGAGGCCUGCUCUGGCCGGGCAGUUCGCCUGGCAGCAGGUUGGACAUUGCAGAGCGAGGUCCUGAUGCAAGAGGUGGGCACCUGGCUCCUGACCUGCACCUGCAUCUGCGCCUGGGUCGGCUUGGGCGUCUCUGUCCCAGGGGACAGAGGAGGAUUGACUGCCACUGGUCUGCCCCAGAGCUGGGCCAGGGGGCCGGCCCCUGGCUGCUCUUCACCAGCAACCACGCUCCAGGCAGCAAGCACAGGUGCGUCUUCCGGGCCAGCGUGUGCACAGUGGAGCUGCCACCCGAGGAGGUGCUCGUGCCUUCUGACAACUUCACCAUCACCUUCCACCGUCACGUCUCUGGGAAGGAGCAGGUCAGCCUGGUGGAUCCACAGUACCUGCCCCGGAGACAUGAGGCUGGAGGAAGUCACUGCUGUCUUGUCCCACCUGGGGCUUCUCUGGACCAGUUUUCCAGUGAGGCCUCUGCUCUGAGAAGGCCUUGGCCACGUGCCCCGUCCUUCCUGGGAAUCUUUGCGAUCCCCAGUCCUGGGCAUGCUGGCCCGCACACCGUUACACAGCUUCAUUCUGUUUCAGUGAAGCUGGACCCUCCCUCAGACUUGCUGAGCAACAUCACUUCUGACCACUGUGUCCUGACCUGGAGCAUCAAUCCUGCCUUGGAGCCGCUGGCCUCACUUCUCAGCUACGAGCUGGCCUUCAAGAGGCAGGAGGAGACCUGGGAGCGGGCUCGGCACAAGGAUCACAUCGUUGGGGUGACCUGGCUGAAACUUGAAGCCACUGAAUUGGACCCUGGUUCCACCUAUGAGGCCCGGCUGCGUGUCCAGAUGGCCACACCAGAGGACGCGGUGGCGGAGGAGGAGCGCUAUGAGGGCCCAUGGAGUGACUGGAGCCAGCCCGCCCGCUUCCACUCCCCCCAGAGACAAGAGGUACUGGAAAGGAUCUCGGACCCUGGUGAUCUUAUGGAUGGGAAAGGCAAGGCCCAGGGGUGCGUGAUUCACCCAGAGUACUCUCGGAGGCGCGACAUAAACCUUCCAUUUUGGCCUGAGGCGCCCAUCCAGGUGCUUUUGCCAGGUGAGUUUGGAGGAACACAGCCCUGGGCCCUUCCUGCUAUAGGUCUCCUGGUCCCAGCUUUGGGGCAGCGCGACAGCACCCUGGUCUCUGUGUCCAUCUUUCUCCUGCUGACCAGCCUGACCUACCUGCUGUUCAAGCUAUCACCCAGGAUGAAGACAGCCUUGUACCAGGACGUGCCGUCCCCAGGCCCGUUCUUCCAGUCCCUGUACAGUGUGCACAACGGGGACUUUCAGACCUGGAUAGGGGCCCACAGAGCUGGUCCAGAGCCAAGCCCGGACUGCACAGGCCCCGCACGAGGAGCCUGGGAGACCCGUGUCCGGGAGGCCAUCGCUUUGCUCACCUAUGACCCGGUGGACGUGGGGCCGUUAGCGGGCCUGGAGGAGGAGGGGAGCACUGGCACCGGCCUCCCAGCAGAUGCGCUGCCCACAGGAUGUGUGGAGGAGGGGGGGCCGCUGCCCGCCUACCUGCCACAGGAGGCCUGGCCCCCCGCAGGCCCUACCAGUCUGGCUCCCCCGCAGUCCCAGGGCAACAGCAGCGACUACUGUGCCCUGGGCUGCUCCAGGUGGGGCUGCCCCUCCACCUUCACAGGAAGCGCGCAGAGCUCUGAGCCCGAUGCUGCCUUGGCCUGUGGCCCUUUCUGUGACCAGCAGAGCCUGGAUGCCCGGCCAGGAGGUAACUGUGCAGGCGUUGGUCACAGUCAGAGGCAGGACGCUGGUGGAUGGGCCGCAUGAGGCUCUCCUGCUCUCGGCAGACCGUGGGCUCCGUCCCCACAGUGCUGCAGCACGUCCAUCCUGGGGAACAUGAAGCAAAGUCCCUGGAGCCAACACUUGACUGGCACUGGACCUGCGGAGGGCCACCCAUGCAGCGGUCACAUGUCCGGUCCGGGUGGAGGCAGGAGGCUCUCCCCUCCUCCCCUCCCUCUGCAUCUGUCGGGAGGGGGCUCUGCCCUCAGCAUCCUGCCAUCCUGGCCCCCCGUCCACCACUUCCCUCCCCGCUUCCUGGCUUAACCCCAGGGCCCACAGCCAGUUCUGCCCUCAGUCCCUUAAAGGGCCAGCCUGGGCCCCGUGGACCCAGGUGAGACACCGUGACCAGGCCUAGUGUCCUGUUUCUGUGCCUUCCUGAGGUCUCUCCCCUACUGAGAUUAAAAGGGACAUAGCAGCUGUUUCAAACUGCUGUUGGCUGGGAGAGGGGCCCAGAUGACAUAGGAAGGGUGGCGUCUGGCUAUUCCUGGGCUUUCUGGGCUCCACGAAUAGCAGGGGGAGGCUCAGCGACCAACUCCAGGGAGGCCGCCUCCCCGCCCCUCCUUGUCGGCCCCCGGGGCUGAGUGCUGUGGCCAGAGUAACCACCCAGCAGUGGUCUUGGCCUCUGAAGGGCCCUGCUUCUACCCCCACCCCCGUGGUCUGGAGAGAGGGGGACAGAGCAGAGGGCGCCUGUGUCCGUCCCUUAGGGCUGCCAUAACGAAGUCCCACAAACUAGGUGGCUUAGAAGGCACCAGGGAGGAUCUGAUUCAGGGUUCCCUGCACCUCUGGUAGUUUCUGGCUUGGGACAGCGCAGCUCCAGUCCUCACAAGGUGUUUUCCCUCUGUGUGUUCCUGUCCAAAGCCCCUCUUUUUAUACCAAUGUAAUCAUAGUGGAUUAGGGCCAACCUGAAUAACUUUAUUUUGGCUGGAUUAUCUGUAAAGACCCUAUUUCCAUAUAUGGUCAUGUUCACAUGUACUGGGGGUUAGGACUUCAACAUAUGAAUUUCUGGGCAGUGCCCCUGCCAGCCAUGUCCACCUCUCUGCUGGCCUGAAGGCGCCGUGGUCCCUCCCAGGGCAGCCCCGUCACUCUUACUUGGGGCCUCAGGCAGGAGACCCUAUCCCGCCGCCGGGCUGCGGGACUUGGGUCUGGUGCUGGGAUCCUCCACCCAGUGAGGGCUGGACCAAGACUGUCCUGGCGUUGGAGGUGCUGAAGUACUGAAUGUGGGAUAGAUGGAGGUUUGUCUCCCUGGGUGCUGAACCAGAGGGGGCACCUCUCUGGGGGUCCAGGGUCCCCUGCAGCCUGAGCAGAGAGGAGCACAUGGCAGCCCCAGGCCCCCGAAGGCAAAGGUCCCCUCUGUGUGCCUGUGGAGCCCUGAGGUUUUGCGGGGGCCGCAGCAGAGCCAGAUCCUGGUCAGCAGGGAUGAAGAGGACCCCGCAUGUAUCUUCAGUAUCCAGAGAGCGGAGGGGUGUAGAUGGAAAUGAGGCACAGGCGCCAUCCGCUCUAACCAAGGGUAAAAAUACCAGCGUGACUCCACUUCCUGGAGCCUGUGUAUAUGACAGCAGCUGCAUGGCUCCUGUGGCUUCACGUGGACUUGGGCCCCCAUGGGAUUCCACACCCAACGGGGACAGUGUUCGUUUGACUAACACACUCGGUCCUGGUGGCGCCUGAGUGAGGAGCUACUCAGAGACCGGUGGUUGUAGGUGAGCUGCGCCCGCCCCUCAGGACACAGGCCUGGCAGUACCUGAGCCAGGUGCCUGCAUGUCGUGGGGCUUAGAAAAUGCUAAUUUCCACUUAUCCGACGAGACGACCCUUGGAAACUGCACGCUGAGAUCACAACGUUUGAAAGACCCCGUGAGCCCUGGUGAGGGGUCGCUGAUCCCCAGGUAUCUAGGAAGGAGUCAGAGAAGGUGGCCUGGGACUCGAUGAGGAAGCUGCUGGUGGAGGAGCUGAGUGCACGGUGUGGCUGGAGCACAAAGGUCCAAAAUGUAGCUGGACCGGGGAAGACCUUGGAGGCCAGGCCAGGGCAGGGUGAGGGGAGCAAACUUACCCUGCUCAGGGGAGGCUGCGGGACGCUUUCUCUUUCUUUGGCUUUUGAUGAGGUGAAGUUUACAUAGUACGAAAGUAACCAUUUUAAAGUGUACAAUUCAGUGACAUUUAGUACGUCUGUAAUAUUUGCAACUAUCACCUCUAUCUAGUUCCAAAACAUU